CAGGGCGGGCGGCCAGGCCGGCGGUACCCGAACCGAGCGGGCGGGCGCGGGAGAGCUCCGUGUCGCCCCGCGUCACCUCGCGUCACCCCGCGUCACCCCGCUCCGCCUGCUUCCCAGAGCCCGGCGCCCCGCCCCGCGCGCAGGCGCCGGGCCGCUUCUCGGGUCCGCCCUUUCCCGAGAUUUGAAUUUUCCCCAGCCAAGAUAGAGAGGCAAAUACCCGGAUGGUGAUCGCUGGUCUUUUCGCGCCAAUACUGUAAGUUCUCGCGGCAACCUUAAGAGAGGAAAAAGGCAGAACGCCCUUCCACUUCUGCUCCCCAGUCGGCGGAGCCACGGCUGGCCCAGCGAGGGGGGCCGGGGCGCGUUGCUUGGCGGAAGCCGUGUGUGUGAGUUCUGACCUGCCAGUCACACCUGCGGUUCCGCAUGCAGCCCGAGUCCACGCGGGCGCUGUGCCACGUGGCUGUGGCCAGCUGCUUCUGCCUGGCCGUCGUCUACGCGGGGGUUUUCGACGGCGUCUCCAUUCAAGUGGGCUACGAACACUACGCUGAAGCCCCGGUCGCCGGCCUCCCCGUCUUCCUCGCCAUGCCCUUCAACUCACUCGUUAACACGGCCUACGUGCUCCUGGGGGUGUACUGGCUGCGGAGGAAGGCGGUUCCCCUGGGGCACCCCGUGCACGUGCGGAGGGUUCGCUACCUGAAGGACGUGUUCGCCGCCAUGGCCCUGGUGUACGGCCCGGUGCAGUGGCUGCGGGUCGCCACGCAGACGCACCGUGCCGCCGUGCUGGACCAGUGGCUCACCUUGCCCAUCUUCGCGUGGCCCGCGGCCUGGUGCCUCUCCCUCGACAGGGGCUGGAGGCCCGGCCUGUUCCUGGCCAUCGAGGGCCUCUCCCUCGGCAGCUACGGCCUCGCCUGGCUGCACCCCUGCGGCUUUGAGGCCGCGCUGGGCGCACACAUCGCGGUGGCCGUGGGCCGGGCCCUGCACGCUCACAGGCGCCACGGCGGCGCCUCCUCGGGAAGGCGCUUGGCGCUGGGCGUGCUGUCCUGCGCGGGCUUCGUGGUCCUCAAGCUGUGUGACCACCAGCUUGCUCGGUGGCGUCUCUUCCAGCGGCUCACGGGCCACUUCUGGUCCAAAGUGUGUGAUGUGCUCCAGUUCCACUGCGCCUUCUUGUUUCUGACCGGUUUAAACACCGGCUGGAGACUUCCUCCGGAUGGGAAGGCGCAUUAAAGCGCGGAGAGAAGCCGCUUCCAGCCACCGAUCGCCGCCGUGUCGCCGGUGUGAAAUUUCCUUCCCGGGUGCGAUAGAUGCGAGGGCUCUGCGGAGGGCCGUCCCUUCCUCCGAAGCCACGGGCUUCAGUAUUUAGGGGUGAGAUGUUAUGCUGUGUGCCACUU